AUGGUUUAUGCUACCUUUAUACAGCUUCAGCAAAAAUGUGCUUGGGUCUUGGACACAGUUGUAUACAUCUUAAUCACAUGCAAGGACAGUAUUGAUAAUAUAAUUGUGAGAAAGAGCAAUCAAGCAAAACUUACUACGUGUACCUUGGUGGAUCCUGAUCGGUGCUCUAAAUAUUUCGGUCACUGCAGGAGACACUGUCUUAAAGAGGAAAAGCAAAUUGAUAUAUGUUUCUCAUCAAGUAAGAUUUGCUGCAUUGAGAGGUUGUUUGAAGAUUAA